AAUGAUCACUUAUUUAAGAAGCCCACUAUAUCUUUAAGUGGACCGAAUAUAUAUAUAUAUAUCUUGAGUUUUUGCAUGAGUUUUUAAUCUUUUACUUGGGGCAGUAGAAUUGACACAUUACAUGAUCAUCAGUAGUUAGUUUUAAUGCAUGAUAGGGGUACUUCCACGUCUUCUUCUUCCUGCCAGUUUCCCCUAUAAAUUUUAGCCAUUCUCGCCCUUUCGAUCACACACGAAGCAGCUUAACUCUUCACCCAACACACAACUCAAAAUCCCAUCUUCUCACCAAGAGUAGCAGGCGACAGUUCGUAGCUCAAAAUCACAGCCCUCAAAAUUUACUUCAUAACAGAACUCCUCAUUAAGGUCCACUUGAUAGAAGGUUUUAGCACUGAUUUUACAAGGCAAGAGAAUUUGUGCAUCUUUUAUCUACAGGCUUGUCCUAACGAGAAUGGCAGGAAGAGGACCUAAUCCUGAAGAACAUGUGCCACGAGUUAUACCAGAACGUAGUGUGGAAGAGAGGUUUCGCAAGCAUAAUCCACCAACUUUUGAUGGCCUUGGUGAUCCUCUGGAUGCCGAGAGAUGGGUAAGAGCUACUGAAAGAAUACUCAACCAUGUUGGCUGUGGGGAUAGGGAGAAACUCACAUGCGCAAUUUUCCAACUCGUUGAUGAGGCCGAAUUCUGGUGGGAAUCGGUGCAACGAACUUUGACCCCCGAGCAAUGGGAGGCGUACACGUGGAAUGAUUUUAAAGAAAGAUUGUAUGAAAAAUAUAUCCCUGGAUGCUAUAGAAAGAAGAAACAAGAUGAGUUUUGGAAUUUACGACAAGGAAAUAUGACGGUCACUGAGUACGAUCGAAUGUUUAACCAGCUCUCGCGAUAUGCUCCGCAUCUAGUUGACACGGACGAGAAAUGUGCAGAAAAGUUUCGACAAGGUCUACGGCUUGAGAUAGCCGUUCCACUAGCCAGUCAGGGAGCAUUAACAUAUGCUCAAUCUUUGAGCAGGGCCCUAAACAUCGAAGCAAUACUACCAAAGGAAAAAGAAAAUGUGUCAGCACAAGCACCGACCCAAAACUAUGGAAAAAUGAAACGUAAAUGGGAAGGCGGAAAUGAAGGGAACCCAGGAAAAAUGAAGCAACCAUGGAGAGGAACUCAGCAACAACAAGGACAGGCUGAAGGAAAGCCUUUAUGUCCAACAUGUCAGAAAAAUCACUAUGGUGAAUGUAAGAUAGGCUCCAACGACUGCUUUAGGUGCAAGCAACCAGGGCAUUUUGCCAGAGACUGCCCAAACAAUAACAGGAACAUGGGAAUUCCACAACCUCAGAACCUUGCCCCUCAAAGGCCGAAUCAAGUACUAAUUGGUAACGAGCGGCCAAAUCAGAGACAGCCUGCACGUGCUAGGGCUUAUGCUCUUAACCAACAACAAGCAGUUGAAGCACCUGAAUAUUUAGAAGGUUGAGCGGCAGAUGGUGACGUGCGAAGCUGAGGGAGGGUGUUGCUGUAUUCCCAAAUGAAUGUCAAGAAUAAAUUCCGCUGCCAUAAUAUUCACUUAGGUGGAUAUCUUUUGAGAUUGACUCUUUAAAUAUUCUUAGCCUAAUUAUUAUGAACUCUUUUGGCAAUCGCAUUUCUAGCAACUGAACCUCGCAUAUAUGUAUGUCUAGUUUGAAGUGUUAUCUUGUUGUCUCAGACCUCCGAACUUUUGAUCCUGGUUGGGAGAAUUUCUAUCUAAGUUGUCGUAUUUAUUAUCCUU